AUGCAAGUGCAUGUGUACUUGCCGAGUGGGAAGAGCUGCUCCGUGUCACUCCCUUCGCCGGAGUCAAGCGUCCAUGAAUUGAAGGCUGCGGCACAGCAGGAGUUCAAGCGCCGCUUCUUGAGGCUUGCUUUCAAAGGGCAACAGCUAGAGCUGUCAUCCAGCUUGAGUGAGGCGGGCGUUGAAAAUGGGGAUCACAUCGAUGCCUUCGUCCAGCCAGUGAAGCUAGCUUCCACAAACCAUGACUUUGCCCUUCACUUUGCAGGAGGUGCUGUGGUUGCAUGGGGCCAAACUGCAUGGGCCUUUUCAAUAAGCCCGGUGCGAGAGCAGUUGGUGCGUGUCCAGCAGAUCCAAGCAACUUGGCAUGCUUUUGCUGCCAUCCUGGCCGACGGCUCUGUGGUGACUUGGGGCCAUCCUGACUGCGGUGGUGAUAGCAGCCAGGUGCGAGAGCAAUUGGUUCGGGUCCAACACAUCCAGGCAACUGAUAGUGCUUUUGCUGCCAUCCUGGAUGACGGCUCUGUGGUGACUUGGGGCGAUCCUGGCUAUGGUGGUGAUAGCAGCCAGGUGCAAGUGCAGCUGGUUCGGGUCCAACAAAUCCAAGCAACUCUGAGUGCUUUUGCUGCCAUUCUGGACGACGGCUCUGUGGUAGCUUGGGGCAAUCCUGACUAUGGCGGUGAUUGCAGCCAGGUGCAAGUGCAGCUGGUUCGGGUCCAACAAAUCCAAGCAACUCUGAGUGCUUUUGCUGCCAUUCUGGACGACGGCUCUGUGGUAGCUUGGGGCAAUCCUGACUAUGGCGGUGAUUGCAGCCAGGUGCAAGUGCAGCUGGUUCGGGUCCAACAAAUCCAAGCAACUCUGAGUGCUUUUGCUGCCAUUCUGGACGACGGCUCUGUGGUAGCUUGGGGCAAUCCUGACUAUGGCGGUGAUUGCAGCCAGGUGCAAGUGCAGCUGGUUCGGGUCCAACAAAUCCAAGCAACUCUGAGUGCUUUUGCUGCCAUUCUGGACGACGGCUCUGUGGAUCUUGGGGCAAUAUGA